CAUUACCAUAGUCCAUAGUAAGAGCUAAGAGCCACUAAGAGCUCGCCUACUGACCUUGCUUUCCUUAGUUAGUACCGUUCCGCGUUUCGAUUCGUGGUUAAGAUAAAAUCACGAACCAGAAGAUCUAGCGAUACACGUGAAUAAGAAGUAGGAGCAAUUCGAUCGACUGGAACGCUACCGACACUCCAGGAUAAUUAAUCGAGCAAUUCACGGCCUACAAAUGUUUUCGUCUGUCGUGAGCAAAGUUGUUCGGCGCUCGUUUUCGACAUCAAAAUGGACUGCCGCACAACAGAUGACUGUACGAGAUGCUUUGAACUCGGCCUUGGACGAAGAAAUGGAACGAGACGAAAAAGUAUUUUUACUUGGCGAAGAAGUGGCACUCUACGAUGGAGCGUACAAAGUUAGCAGAGGUCUAUGGAAAAAGUACGGAGACAAACGCGUGAUCGAUACUCCCAUUACCGAGUCAGGAUUUGCUGGUAUCGCCGUUGGAGCUGCUAUGGCUGGCCUACGUCCGAUUUGCGAGUUUAUGACAUUUAAUUUCGCCAUGCAAGCGAUCGAUCAGAUUAUCAAUUCCGCUGCGAAAACAUUUUACAUGUCUGCUGGCAGAGUAAACGUACCUGUCGUCUUUCGUGGACCAAACGGAGCUGCAGCAGGUGUAGCGGCACAACAUUCGCAAUGCUUCGGUGCCUGGUACAGCCACUGCCCUGGUCUGAAAGUGGUAUCUCCUUAUAAUAGCGAAGAUGCCAAAGGACUGUUGAAAGCUGCCAUUCGAGAUCCCGACCCAGUCGUUGUAUUAGAAAAUGAAAUUUUAUACGGUCUUCAGUAUCCCAUGUCCGACGAGGCUUUAUCGAAAGACUUUGUUCUUCCAAUUGGUAAAGCGAAAAUCGAACGUGUCGGUAAACACGUAACGUUAGUAGCACAUUCGAAAGCAGUCGAACAAGCUCUCGAAGCAGCAAACGAACUCGCGGGAAAAGGAAUAGAGGCAGAAGUGAUCAAUCUCAGAUCUUUACGACCGCUAGAUAUAGACACCAUUGUACAAUCAGUGGUGAAAACGAAUCACGUUUUAACCGUUGAACAAGGUUGGCCACAAUGCGGUAUCGGAGCAGAGAUUAGCGCUAGAAUUUCCGAAAGCGAAGCGUUCUAUCAUCUGGAUGCACCGGUAGUUCGUAUCACAGGCGUUGAUACUCCUAUGCCUUAUACUAAAACGUUAGAAAGUAUGGCUCUACCGCAAAUGAAUGACAUUGUAUUCGCGGUAAACAAAGUGCUAGGUUUGUCCCAAUAGUAGUAGUGACCAACCAUUUGUAUAGAUCGCUAGGUAAAAUUACAAUUGCCCCUCGAA